AUACAGGGUUAAAUGGUUAAAAAUGACGACUACGGUUGAUAAGAAAAUGUGAUAAGUGAAAACAAAUGAAUGCAGAUGAGGUACUUCGUGUGAUCGUGUCACAAAUUCACAACAAUGGACAAACUUUUGUUCGAAAUUCAAAUUUCAAUUGAUUUUUGUUUAAAGUCGAACCAAUUAUAAUCGUUAGCUAUUCAUAUUUUUUUUUGUUUAUUUGCAUGAUAUUUAUGCGUUUUUUGAAAUAUGAAAUUGUUCGUAUAAAUUGAAGCGUAAAAGUUAAGGUAGUUUUGAGAAUCAAUAUAGGUACUUCAUAUACCAUACUACCUAACUUAAAUAUGUCGAUCUGGUGGAAUUAAGACGAAACUAUUAUGUAUACAUUACUUCACGGAUUUUAUAAAUAUUUGACGCAGAAAGAUGAAUUUUGGGUAGUAAUACUCGGUCUGGACAAUGCUGGAAAAACGACGUAUUUAGAAUGUUCAAAAACAAAAUUUAAGAAAAACUACAAAGGUAUCAACCCUAGUAAAAUCACAACAACUGUUGGCUUGAACAUUGGCAACAUUGACAUAAACAGAGUGAGCUUAAACUUCUGGGAUUUAGGUGGUCAGACAGAAUUACAGUCACUUUGGGACAAAUAUUAUGCUGAAUGCCAUGCAAUUAUAUACAUUGUCGAUUCAUCUGAUCGAGAACGUAUGGAUGAAUCAAAGAAAACAUUUGAAAAGAUGAUAUGCAACGAAAACUUAGGCGGCAUACCACUUUUAAUAUUAGCAAACAAACAAGAUAUACCUGACUGUAUGGGUGUCCGAGAAGUAAAACCAAUUUUCAAUCAAAAUGCCCAUUUGAUUGGAAGAAGAGAUUUUAUGGUUAUGCCUAUAUCUGCAUUGACUGGUGAUGGCAUUGAUGAAGGAAUUCAAUGGUUAGUUCAAUCAAUUCAAAGAAAUAUAGAAGUGCGACCACCAAAGAAUGCUGAAGAUUAUUAAACCUGUGAUUAAAAUAUUUUAACUAUAAAUCUAAAGUUAAUGAAUAAGUUAUUUUUUGUAUAACAAUUUUAUGUAUUUUAAUAAAUUGUAUUAUUUAAUUAUAA